UGUGUAGAAAAAAACUUCAGUAAUGGCUACGAGUACAGAAAAUAAUGCAGAAUAUUUUGCAAAUGAUUGCCGUGAUCAGGAUUUAAAAACUAAGAUACCAGCUUUACCCGAAGGUAAAACAAAGCAUUUCUUUGUGUCUUACACCAGUUUAGACAAAGAACGUGUUCAUUCAGUAAUUGAGGACGUCGAAAAGAGAUUUGGUCUACAAUGUGUAUUUGAUGAACGGGACUUUCAGGGUGGGAAGGAUAUAACAGUAAAUAUACGUGAAGGAAUGAUGUCUUCAUUAAAGGUAUUACUCUUUCUGACACAAAAUUUUCUCGAAAGUGGCUGGUGUAAGUAUGAAACUGACGCCGCAUUUAUAAACUCUAUGGGUUGUGGCUAUAGCUGUAUUGUGCCUGUACUGCUUGAAGAAUGUGAGAUACCGCCUACACUUGUGACCUUGACAUACAUUGAUGCCACUAUUCCGGGAUUAGAUGUGCCAGCUAAAAUUGCAGCUUCACUUCUACGCCCUGCUACCGAUGACGGUUUAUUCUCUCUCAACAUUCGGGCUUUUAGCAAACAAUAUGAGAAUGGAUAUUGCUUUAUAAUUCCGGCUGUUCGAGAUAACUUAAGUGUCGUCAGACCUGCAAAGUAUCGAUUCUUAAUUGAUGAUAACCUCAUAGAAAAACUGAAGGAAAACAAGGUUGAGGUUCCAGAAAAACUGUUAAAUACGACUGUCGAUCUCGUGAACAAGGAUAGCAUUAUGUGCUCAUACGAUUAUCUUUACCGAUGUAAAAACUGUGCAUGGACGUUUUUUCUACUACCACUUUUAGCGUUGAUAUUUGCAGUUUAUGAAGCGACAUGGGUUCUGGAUACUGCUACUAGAGGAAGGGGGUCUAAUCUUUCAGAUUAUGUGAUUUUGUUUGUGAUAGUCACGUUCUUUACUUCCUUAUUCAUAUUCAUUCAAAUAAUGAUUUGCUUCUUGCCAAUAUGCUGUCAUAGGAAACAGCGCGAUUUCUCUCUACAAUCCAAAUUAUGGCGGAAAGUCGGUAAAGAGUGUAUUGAAAAUAACGUUUUACUUUUGUUCACUGGCAGGAGAAACAAGAAACCAUCUCUCCUUGUAAUGAGAUACAACAUUGCGAGGUGUAAGGAGUACUUUGUUGGUAUUAUCAAGUCAAGGAAUAUUACACCGACCGAUCGGACAUUAACACCCGAGAUGUAUGCAGAUAUGUUAAUUGAAAGACAUCUGGAGCAAAGUCUUCAUUUCCUGGCAGACAAUUUUGAUUUCCUACCAGACGCGCCAUACAAUCGUCACAAUGUAAAGAAAGGGAAAAUGUGCAUUUGUCAACAACUUGAGCAGGAUUUGUAAAGAUAACGCCGUAUUCCUUUAACUUACAUGUGUAUCAGAGUGAUUUCCCUUUGAUCUAGACAGAUAUUAUAACUAUUGACUUGCAAAGAUUAUUGCCUGCAGAUAUACAAUGUUAUGAAAUGUGAAUUUAAAAGAACUCCCAAUAUUGGUAACUUCAAUUGUUAUCUUUGUCAUGACUUUCAAGAAUUGACAGAUAUUCUACUCGAUACUGGACUUGAAACUAUGUAUACAAGGUGUAUAUUGACAUCAGUGGAAGCGCAAGAAUCAUUGAAAAUAUUAAAACAGACAAGAUUGUGAAAGUACAAAGCAAAUCAUGAUCAAAAAGCAGACUUUAAAGCAGUGCAAACACUGAAAACACCAUAGCACAGGUGCCUUCAAUUUGAAAUAGAAUUUAAAAAAAAUGGAAACGAUAAACAGUAAGAGAAGCAUGUUCAACAUUUUAUCACGAGAAACAUGUUGAGAAAUAUAAGAAAACAGCAAAAAAAUAUUAACAGAUGAACUGCACGAUUAGAAGUACAUAAAAGUUAUAUUUGUAAAUUGAAAAAUCGCACAAGCAUUAUAUCAUCAAGUCAUAACAAUAUGUUUUCUGUACAAAGCGGGAGAUCAGAUUCAUAGCAGAAAAAACUGUAACAUUUAACGAAACUCCAAAACAAUCAAAAGUAAUUAAAAUUCUAUAUUAAUAUAAAAACAGGAGUAAUAUCUGUAAUUGUGAGUUAAGACAUUGGUGUAUAGCCCUUAGAUGUAUGUGAUGUUAGAUUUGUACCUCUUCUUAUGAUUGCAUAUCUUCUCUCAUUGGUCGUAUUUUCAUAUUUUGGAAAUCAAUUUUCUGAAUCUUUUGAAAAUAACGUACAAUAACGUAAAACCAUUGUCUUAUCAUUGUACGAUUUGCUUAGCCAUUGUCAUUUAAUUUAAGUUGGAUACAUAUAUAUGGAGGAGAUUACAGCUAGUGUGUUUGUAUGCUAGACCAUGGCGUGCUUGUAUUGGUAGUCUUAAAAGACAAACACAUUUUAUAUUCAAAUUUAUUUUAAAAAUGUAUAAAAAUGACCUUGUCAGUUUAAAAUGUUCAGACUUUGAGACUGUCAUGGUGUUUAACAUAAAAAUAUCUGUCAUGAUCUUAUAAAAUAAUAUAUUUGUAUAAUAGUGUAAGUAUUUUGUUUAUUCUAGCAUGCAAAUAAUGGAAUAUAUAACCGACGUACGAAUAAUUUCAAUAAAAAACAGAAAUGUAUAUUCAUUAUGUUUUAAACUUAAUGAUGUUUAAUAUUGUGCAUCGUCCCUUUCAUAAAAAUGUAUCACCACCUAGUCUGCCAAAGCAAUUUGCAAAACCAGCGUCCAGAGUUAUUCUUUAAUCUCAUGCAAAUAAAUCUUUUUUGAAUUUGUCUAAAAAUGAAACGAUGAUAACAAAUUCAUAUAUAUUUUGAAAUAAAUAAUAAUGACAAUAUUAUUAAAUAAGAUUUGUACACAAUAUUUAGCAUAAAGUCACACAUUCAGAACUAAAUCACAACAAGUGACGAUAUAAACAAAAGUUAUAUCGUAAAAUAGAUAUAUUUAAGUUGUGCAACAAGAAAAUAUUUUUCUAUUAGUUUUUGUAACAAGAACCACUUUUAA